AUGAGCAAUCAAUAGCUUUAAAAGUUGAUAAACAACACUUUUAUAACUAAAAAGAGAGUUUCUGCUGGAUCUUUCGGUGUAGUAUACUGUGGUCAAGACAUAAAUACCAGGGCAUUAGUUGCCAUAAAGAUUGAGAAGGGUAAUAAAGAAGACUCAAGUUUAGAACGAGAGGCCGAAAUACUGAAAAGAUUGUAAAAGGUACCUUAGAUUCCAAAGUUACAUUGGGCAGGAAAAGAAGGAGAUUCAAAUGUGCUUGUUAUAUAAUAUUUGGGAAGGGAUUUGACACAUUACAUGAAAACAUUUCGUAAAUUUUCACUUCGCUGUGUACUCAAUAUAGCUGAGUAAAUGAUCAACAUCAUAGAAAAUAUUCACAAAAACAAAGUGUUGCAUCGUGAUAUUAAACCAGAAAAUGUUUUAGUGGGAAAAGAGGAAGAAGAGAAUCUACUAUAUAUAGUGGACUUUGGAAUUAGCAAGUUUUAUAAGGAUGAAAAUGAUUCACACAUUUCAUAUAGGGAGAACUAACCAUUUAUUGGAACUACAAGAUAUGCCAGCAUUAAUGCUCAUAAAGGCACAUCUUUAAGUAGGAGAGAUGAUCUAGAAUCAUUAGGCUAUAUGCUUAUCUUUUUAUUAAAGGGUUAAUUACCCUGGUAAAAUUUACAAUUCGCAGAUGAGGAAGAUAAAAUGCGUUAAGUUGGCUAAAUGAAGAUGAAGAUGGAAACGAAUGAACUUUGUAAAGGAAUUCCAAUAGAAUUUGGACGAUUUCUAGAAUACAUAAAAGGGUUACCAUUCAAAGCUGAACCCAAUUAUAAGCAUUGUUAGUCCUUUUUUAAGAAAGUAUGCUAAGAACACAACUAUACAUAAAAAGAUCUAGUUUUUGAUUGGGAAACAGGUCCUAAAUCAGAUAGGAACGAUGAUAAGAGAAAAUAAACCAUUGAAGGUCAUUUACCUAGUAGUUAAAAUAGCAAUUUGGUUAAUAAUAAGCCCUCAUUAUUUAAAAAAUCAAAAGAUGACAUCUCAUCCAAUAACAUUGGAGGAUCACUUCUUAAUUACUCUCUUGAAUAAUUGGAGAUGAAUUCGCUGCUCAAGACUCCAGAAUAAAGAAAAUCUAAUUUAACACCAGAUAUUAAUAGAAGAAAAAAUAGAAUGCAAUCGGUGAGUAGUUACAAUGAUUCUCAUUCUGAAAUGGAUAACAAUGGAAGUGUUAUGCUAGGAAUUUAGCCAAGUAUGUUGAGUAGAUUAAGCAAACUAUCAUUUAAUUCUAAUUCUCGAGCACGCGAUAGCAAGCAGAACCUUACAUUGACUCCAGAAUAGAAGAGACCACAUAUGCAAGAAAAAAAGUUAACAAUUACUCCUAAUUCUUAUAUGGAAUAAAUUACUGGUCAAAAUAAGAAGGCAAUAAAUAAGAAUUCUAAUUCAUAGUAAUAACUGUCAUACAAAAAAGAAGAGGUUGAGGAAACCAUUAGAGAUUUCUCUAAAAUGAACGAAUCAGAAGAGGGAAUCGAAUGUAAAUAUAUGAUUCUCAAAUAAGCAGCAGUAAAUGCACGCUUCAAAAAAUCAAUAAUGUAUAAAAAAUUUUGA